UCCGUCCAGCGGUCCACCUGCUUGCGCUUCGGCGGCUCCUUGAUGCGGAUGGGCCGGGUGAGCCCUGCCAGGGGCGAGGAGAGGGGCACGGGGAGGCCGGGCCGCACGGGCGCCCAGCACGCCCCGCCGCCCUCGCUAAUGCCCCGCUCGGCGCGUAGCAGCGGCGCGGCACGGCCCAGCACGGCCCGGCCCGCCGGCCGCAGCAGCAGCGCCGCCGCCGCUGCCGCCAUCGGGGUGACCCCCGGUGCUCCGGGGGAAGGGACAGGACGAGAGGGAAGGACGGGAAGGGUCAGGAAGGGCCGGGCGGCGGUGCUGCCCCUUCCGCCGGGGAGCGCAGGGACGCGCCGGUGACGUCGAGCCAACGGCCGCGAGCGCAAGGGGGCCGGCGAUUGGGCGCGACGCUGGCGCGCGGCGAGGGCGCCGGGCGGUGAUAGGCCCGUGGAGGCGGCGGGGCGAUCGCGGCCCGCGCGCGCUGUUUUGAGCUGUGGCGGCCAUGGCGGACGCGGUGGCGGUUCCGCAGUUCCAGCUGCCCGUCUCCCCCGCCGACCUGCUGCGAGACGAUGGCCGCGGGGACUACGUGGUGCAGGAGGUGCUGCCCAUCCGCGAACUGCCACCCGCCCUCGCAGCCUUCCGGGCCGCCUUCCGUGCGCGGGGUGCGCUGGCCGUGCUGCAGCACUUCGACUCGGUGUACAGCGUGCUCCACCACUUCCGAACCGUGGGCACCGCUGUCAAGGAGGACGCCCUGGAGCUGAUGGUGAACGUGGUGUCCCAUCAUUCCAAUGAACUUCCUGGCAUCCUGAGUGACGCUGGGCUGAGCCAUGCAGACCGUGCCACUCACCUCAAUGCUCUUAAGAUGAACUGCUACUUGCUGACUUCCCUGGUGGAUGCCUUUGAAAUGGAAACCCUCAAGAACAGUUUGUCAGAGGCGGAUCCUGGUGGGAAGAACAAGAAGAACCAUGCCAAGACUUCUGGAUCCUUCUGGGAAGAGGAGAGGGAGCCAGUCUUACAGCUGCUUACGCAGGUGCUGCAGCUGGAUCUCCGUCAGCUUUGGGGUGGUUUAUCGGUGGAAGAAGAGUUUGUCAGCUUAAUGAUGGGAAGCUGCUACCGUAUCCUGGAGAAUCCAAGUAUCGGUCUUCAGAAGUAUCGUGCCACACGGGAGGCUGUGACACAUCUGCUUGCUGGAGCUCUGAUUCACUGUCGUCAAAUGUUCAGUGCCACGCUGAAGAUCACGCAGAUGCUGCAGCACUUUGAACAUGUAGCCCCUGUGUUUGCACAGGCCGUGAGCCUCUGGGCUAAAGAGUAUGGUCUGAAAAGCCUGGUGGGUGAAUUGCUAAGGGAAAUUGGACAGAAAUGUCCACAGGAUUUGGCUCGUGAGGCUUCUGGAGUCAAGGGUUAUUCUACCUUUGUAACUGAACUGGCCGGAGAGAUUCCAGUUCUGGUGCUAUCCAACAUGAGCGUUCUCCUGCACCACUUGGAUGGGGAGAGUUACAUGAUGCGAAAUGCCAUUCUGGCAGCUAUGGCAGAAGCGCUGAUGCAGGUGCUGAAUGGUGACCAGCUGGAGGAAGCUGCCCGUGGCACUCGGGACGAGUUCCUGAGUAUGCUGCAGGCCCACGUGUGUGACGUCCAUAGCUUCGUGCGCAGCCGCGUGCUGCAGCUUUUCACUCGAAUCGUUCAGUGCAAGGCCCUGCCUUUGACUCAUUUCCAGUCUGUGGUAUCACUGGCUGUUGGACGUCUCAAUGACAAAUCUGUCAUAGUAGUUAAAAAUGCAAUCCAGCUCCUGGCCGCAUUUUUGUCCAACAACCCCUUCUCCUGCAAGCUAAGCUGUGCUGACUUGGACAAGCCACUGAAGAAAGAAGUGCAGAAACUGCAAGAAAUGAGGGACCGUGUCAGAUCCACAGCAGUAGCUCCAGUGAUCACCCCAGAGGAAGAGUGGGAAGCGAUGCUGCCAGAAGUUAGGGCUGCCACACAGCAGCUCUUUCAACCACUGCAGGAAAGGGAAGAGGAGAUGCUGGAAGUUGAGGAAACAGUGGAGAGUGCAGUGGAGCAAAUCACUGGGCUGCUGAGGAAGCUGAAUUACAAGAGUGCAGCCUGCCUUACACAGAAGGCCCUGUGUCGCUUCCAGGGGAAGGAACCCUUCAGUAGCCUCAUGGAGGAAAAUGAGGAGGCAACAAUCCUGGAUGUUCUGAAGCGACUUUACACAGGUUCAUGCCCAGGAGAGAACAGUGAGGAUCCUCCAAAUGACAACAGUAGUCAUAAGACCAAAGAAGUUGUACAGGAAGAGCAGUCUCAAACAGAGCUGCUCAAACAGGAGACGUUGGUGCAAUACCUGCAAGAUGCUUACAACUUCUCAGUGAAAAUCACAGAAGCUCUGAACCUGAUCAGCAAGCUGAUGUAUGAAAACUCUGUCUCAGUGGUGCAGGAAGCCAUUGAGUUCUUUGUGACGGUCUCACAGUUUGGUGUGCCCCAGGCACUGCUUGGAGUCCGCAGGAUGCUCCCUCUCAUAUGGUCAAAGGAGCCUGGCAUUAAGGAGGCCGUGCUGAACGCCUACAGGCAACUCUAUCUGAGCCCCAGCGAGGAUUCCGAGAGGGCCAAGGCCCAGAGCCUGGUGCAUUCUCUCUCUCUCAUCAUGGUGGAUGCAUCGCUAGGAACAAUACAGUGCUUAGAAGAAAUAAUCUCAGAGUUUGUGCAGAAAGAUGAAAUAAAGCCUGCUGUGAUCCAGCUGCUUUGGGAGCAGUUCACAGAAAAAUCUCAGUGCUCGUCACUAGAACAACGUGCUGCUGUGAUGCUGCUGGGGAUGAUGGCACGAGGGAAGCCAGAGAUCAUAGGUAGCAACCUGGACAUCUUGAUAACAGUAGGGUUGUCUGAGAAGGCGUGUGAAGACUAUUGCCUGGCUCAAGAAGUAUGCAAUGUUAUCUCCAAACUUGGUGGUGACCCUAAGCCAGCAAAGAAGAACAGUGCACCUUUUCGACUGCCACAGAAUCACAUGCUCUUUGGUUGCCUGAGUGAGACUGUGAGUAAAGGCUUUGCCCAGCCAAGUACUCACUGGAUCCCCUUCAUGGAUGCAGCAGUGAUGCUCAUCUACCAGCUGGCAGAAGGGCCAGAGGAGAUAUGUGCUCACAUCCUGCAAGUGUGCAGUCAGCAAGCUCUGGAGAAGCUGCAGGAGGCUGAUGAGCAGAACUCUGAUCCAGGGAAUUCUCCCAGCAGAGACUCUGGUGGUGCUGCCAGUCUCCCCACGUUCAUGUUGAUGCACCUGGUGUCCCUCGUGGGACAAGUGGCACUGCAGCAGGUAGCACAUUUGGAAGUGUCAGUGAGUGCAGAGAUACGCAGACGCCGCAUCCUCAAAGAGGAGAAGACCAAGAAGCAUUCUGACAGCAGCAAAAAGAAGCGGAGAUCCCAGGCCACAGGAAACGAGACCACUAUGGAGGAGGAGCUGGGCCUUGUGACAGCCACGGCUGAUGACACUGAGGCUGAGUUCAUCCACAGUAUUUGUGAGACAGAACUUUUAGAUGGGAAGCACCUGUUCUCUGCCUUUGUUCCACUGGUGCUCAAGAUCUGCAACAACCCUGGACUCUACAGCGAUUCAGCACUGUCAGCUGCUGCAGCCCUAACUCUUGGCAAACUCUGCAUGAUCAGCUCUGAGUUCUGUGACUCUCACUUGCGUCUGCUGUUCACGAUGAUGGAGAAGUCCCCCCUGCCUGGUGUGAGAUCCAACCUCAUUAUUGCAGCAGGAGAUCUGGCCAUCCACUUCCCCAACCUGGUGGAGCCAUGGACAUCACAUCUCUAUGCCAGGUUGCAGGACCCCUGCCCAAGUGUGAGGCAGACAGCUGGACUCGUGAUGACUCACCUCAUCCUCAAAGACAUGGUGAAGGUGAAGGGCCAAGUGAGCGAAAUGGCAGCUCUGCUGAUAGACCCAGACGAGGCAGUCGUGGGAGUGGCUCAGAACUUUUUUGGCGAACUCUCCAACAAGGGUAAUGCCAUCUAUAACCUGCUUCCAGACAUAAUCAGUCAUCUCUCCAAUCCUGACUGCGCCAUAGAGGAGGAAUCCUUCCACACUAUUAUGAGACAUCUCUUCUCAUAUAUUACAAAAGACAAACAGACAGAGAGCUUGGUGGAGAAACUUUGUCAGCGAUUCCGGACUGCCAGGCUAUUCCCUUGUAGCUCAGCUGGGAAAUCAGUGUGUUCAACUAAGAAGUUGGGAUCUCCCCAGCAGUCAUCUCAGCUAUGACAGCUGAUAAAGGCCUGUCCUUGUUCUAUGUGCAUGGGCUGCUCAGUACUAACUCUAUGCCUGGGACUCUGUUUUGGGUGGGUUUUUUUAAUUAUGUUAUUCAAGGGCUUCACUUAGGCUUUUGCUCUGCUCUAUCUGGAAGACAUGUAUGCAUUGCUCCUUGUGCUGAUUACAGAGUAUAUAGUGCAGGGCCUACCCCAUGAAUCUGGGAUAUCAUUUUGCUUUGUAGGUUUUAGAGUUUUUUGCUUCUUUUUGCCUGUUCCCCAAGCUGUAACCCAGGUGUACACUUUUUUUUUUUUCCCAAGAAGAAAGGUAACAAAUUUAUCUGCCUCCCUGUUAUGUACUUCCAAUGAUAUCUUCAUUUUAACUUCCACUGGCUUUGGUGCACCCUGCUUCCUCCAUUCCUGUGGUUUUCCUUUCCCAUUGUUGUGGCUUUGCCCUUGAGGUUUAAGCUGUGUCUGCUUAUCUUGGCCAUUUGUACACAGUGCCUGGGCAUGUGACCUGCUCAGCUGCUUCAGGGAGUUGCAUAUUUCCCAAAAUAUUUGGAUUUUGUUUCCUGAAUUGGAGUGGAGAGUGGUCCCUCUCUCCCAGGUUGCCUCCCAGGAACACUGGUGAGCUCUUCACACAACAUUGUAAAUAACCAUCUUUGUGUGAGUUGUGUCUAGCCUUUAGUAAAAUGUCCUGAUAUUUCUGUACCACAAAGAUGAUCAGCCUGAUGAACACUAAUGGUAAUGCCAAAGCAAGGCUCUCUCUCCACGUUAAAACAGGAGCUUAUCAGAGAAGAUUUUGCCCCUACUAUCACCCUCCUCAGCAUUUCUGGAGUUCCAAAUGUAGCAACUUGCCAAGUAUCAUACAGACUUUAAAGAUGUAAAUACCUGGAUGCUGCAGCUUUAUUCUGCAUCUGUUUAGGUUUUAGCAGAGCAUUCUUACAGAGCAGAUGCAGACAGACUUCAGGCCCUCUGCUUAGUAUAUAUUAAUAAUAGGGGCUUUGGCCUCAGUUUUUUCCCCUCCCAUUCCAUCACGGUGAGCUACAUUAAUAGUUUGUGCAUUUAUUUUUCUUUCCCUUUGUUUUUUUUCCCUAUAACUUUUGCUGGAAUUUGAAUGUAGUCCUUUGAUACAGCAGUUGUUAUUUGUUGACUUCAUAACUUAAUGAAUAUGACCUUCUUUAUGUCCUUUUCUGGCCAGCAAAGAGAGGGAGAGAGAACAUCAAAUACAGCUUCUGCUUGAGAUCAUCUCAAACAUGCAAAAAUGAGCAGCCAGGGGUUUUUUAUUAUUUAUAAUAAGGCCCUUCAAGAGGAGUCCUGACCUCUCUGAGUCAUCUUUUCUUCCUAGUCAGCAAUAACUUCUCAUACUUUCUAAACAAGUGACUGUGUUCUUCAGCAGUGGAGCCUUCAUGUUUUUCUGACAGACACUAAAUCAGUGUCUUUGGCAUACAGUGGUGGUUGUGUGUGGUAUGGCACAGCACCUUGUCACUGACCUGUAACAGAACAACCUGAAUCUCACAUUCUGCGAGGCAGAAGCACCUGCAGGAAAUGCUGUAGCUCUAGGUGAGAUGUGCUCACCCUCACAACCCGCUUUUUGUAAGAGCUAAUGGCAAUCUUUGUCUUUCUCAGAACGGAGCGUCAAUACCGGGAUCUGUCCCACUGCCUUACUCUGCUUCCAGUCUCGGAACGGGGCCUUCACAAGCUGCAGGACAACUUUGACU